ACAAGUUGUUCUUUUCCUGAGACACUAGAACGUCAGGCCUAUUAGCUGAAAAGGCUUAAACUUAAAGCGAGUUUCUGACCUCGUUCAAUCUUCAACUGAGAAAAAUACUGCAAUAUUCUCAAUGCAAUCUGAUUGGGGAUACGAGCUACAUAAUGGACCAGCCACAUGGUCUGACAAGUUUCCUGCUGCUGCUGGUAGCAGACAAUCACCUAUCAAUCUUGAUCCCUCUGUGGCAAUAGUGGACCCAACACUAAAUGAUAACCCUCUAAAAUGGGACUAUAGCUCAGUAAAAUGUACAACAUUGUUAAAUACUGGACAUGGAUGGAAAGUCCAAGUCAGCAGUGCGUCACCUAACUUAGAUGGAGGGCCACUUUCAAAUAAAUAUCAGUUGAUCCAGUUCCACUGCCACUGGGGAAAAAACAGUGAAACUGGCUCUGAACAUACAGUAGCAGAAGAGAUGUUCCCUGCUGAGAUCCAUCUAGUUCAUUGGAAUUCUGAAAAGUAUGAAAGUUUUGAAAAGGCAGCAUCUGAAGAGGACGGACUAGCAGUAUUGGGUAUAUUUCUACAGGUAGGAGAUGAACAUCCUGAAUUGAGAAAACUUUCCGAUCUCAUGCCCAGUGUGAGAUAUAAAGACGAUAAACUUCCUCUUCCCAGAAGAUUUGAUCCUGCAACACUUAUCCCUAAUAACAAAGCCUACUGGACAUAUCCAGGAUCACUAACAACUCCACCAUGUUACGAAAGUGUCACCUGGAUUGUGUUUAAGAACUCUGUGCAGGUAUCGGAAGAUCAGCUGGAAGCAUUCCGUAAACUUCAGUCUUAUUGUGAAGGCCAGAAACCUCCUGGAGGUGAACUGAAUGGCUGUAUUGUAGAAAACUAUCGCCCACCAUUACCUUUAGGAAAUCGGGAGUUGCGAACUGCAUCAUAAUAUUCCACCACUUUUUAUCACUUUCAGUUUUUUACAUUAUAUCAGAUGUUUUUAUUGUUUUAAGCUAAUUCAAAGUUUUUAGGUUACAAACUAUAAUUUUUUUCAUUAAAUACCAAAAUUAAGCUGUGAUUAAAUUACGAUGAAUCUAAUAGUUUUUUCAUAUAUAUAUACAGUGCACUGUUCUUGCUGAUUGAGAAAUCCCUUAGUUUUGUUACUUAUGAAUAGUAUAUGCUUUUCAUUAUUUAGUUAUAACUGAUGACAAAUUUUGGAAAAUGUGUUAGACAAUUGUAAGUUAUACAAAUAGAAAGUUUAGGCACAACAAAAGGUAAAUUAUACACAUAUAUAUCAAAUAGAGGUAAAUUGCAAUAUUGUUAUUAUACAAGAAAGUAAAUUGCAAAAAUCUAAAUUUUCGUUAGAAUGUUAUAUAUAUAUAUAUAUAUAUAGUCAAAUAUGAAUUAAAAUUUGUCUUAACG